GCUAUUUUCCGUUUGAGAGAGAGGCCUCACCUUUUUCAAAGCUAUAAAGAGCUAUUCCUUCUCUCAUCGGGAAGCAUUCCGAUCGAUUCUUAUUUCUCAUUUGCAGCACUGUAUACAUGGCUGGUGGAAACGAAGAAGUGAGUGGGCGUGGGAAUGGAGAGGGAAGUGCUCAUUCAAGCUUCCCUCAUGUUGUACUCAAUGAGCGAAUCCUUUCUUCAAUGUCUCGCAGAUCUGUUGCUGCUCAUCCAUGGCACGAUCUAGAAAUUGGUCCUGGGGCUCCGGCAGUUUUCAACUGUGUUGUUGAGAUUGGCAAGGGUAGCAAGGUUAAAUACGAGCUGGACAAGACGUCUGGUCUUAUAAAAAUUGAUCGUGUUCUUUACUCAUCUGUUGUGUAUCCACACAACUACGGUUUCAUUCCACGAACACUCUGUGAAGAUAGUGAUCCGAUGGAUGUGCUGGUAUUGAUGCAGGAGCCUGUACUGCCUGGCUGUUUUCUGCGUGCCAGAGCUAUUGGGCUUAUGCCUAUGAUUGAUCAGGGUGAGAAGGAUGAUAAGAUAAUAGCGGUAUGUGCUGAUGAUCCUGAGUAUCGUCAUUAUCAGGAUAUCAAGGAGCUUGCUCCGCAUCGCCUUCAAGAGAUCCGCCGAUUCUUCGAAGAUUACAAGAAGAAUGAAAACAAAGAGGUUAAUGUGAACGAUUUCCUCCCAGCAGAAGCUGCUGUCCAAGCAAUCCAGUACUCCAUGGAUCUCUAUGCUACUUACAUUGUGGAAAGCUUGAGGCAGUGAAUUUCCCCAACUACAUAUAUGUAACUUUGCAGGCAAAUGGACUUCUUGCAACAUGCCUAUUUAUCAUCAUCUACACUUUUGAUGACUGUCCUACACCUCCCCUAUGUGUCCCAGUGGCCCACUACCGGUUAUAUGAUCAUGUUUCCCAAACAUUUCCUCA